AUGAUACGCAAUUUAGUGAAACUUAUACGGCAAAAAUUUCUUGAAUUGAAUUUAUACAAAAAACAUUCAAGCAAUGAACAUACUCUUGAAAAAGAACUUCUUGCUACUCGUAUUUAUUUGAUUGGAUUCAUUGUAUGUUUAUCUAUUAUUACUAUUACUGUUGCACUUAUCGUUCGACCUGUGGACAAAAUUGAAUAUAAACCUUCACAUGAGAAGUUUUCACAAUUAAUUCGUAAGUAUCCGAAUACUCUUCGUUGUCCAUGUUCAAAACCUUCAACAACCUAUGACAAAUUCGUCACUAGUGAAGUUAAUUUUCAUCAAGUUUGUUCAAGUGAAUUUAUUCAACAAGCAUGGAUUGAGAAAAUAUUUACACAGAAAAAUAUUUCAAUCGAAUCUAUCGAUGAUGUUCGUACUACUCUUAGUUUUUUUUGGCAAACAAUUGCUGGUUUAUGUAUGGCAAGUAAUAAAAGUUGGAAUACUGUUCUUGAAAAUUUUGAAUCUACAAGUUUAAUCACUCCUAUGGCAAUUGCUGAACAAGUUAUUCGAACUCAAGCUGAACACGCUCUUCGAUAUCAAAUAGAUCUAUCGAAAACAACAUCAGUUCGUAAUUUACUCGCUCUUCAACGUAUAAUACGUGGAGAUCAAAUUGUAUCAGCUUUACAAACAAAUUUCUAUUUACGUUAUCAACCAGCAGAUUUAGAUCGAUCAAAACCUCCAAAAAUGGCAGCUCGAAUGUUUGGUAAUUGUACUUGUUUAAAUAUUGAAGGUUGUCCACGAUCUGCUACAUUUAAUGAUAGUUAUGGUCAUUUAAUUAAUAUACCAGGAAUGAUAGUAGAUUGUUUAAUUGUUGAUGGUACACUUAAUUCAACACUUGAAUGUUAUUAUAAUCAAUCAUGUAUUUCAAUGUUACAUGGACAAUCAUCGAUGUAUAUUCAACCAUUAUCAAAUAAUUCGAACAAAAAUUUUUCUAUGUAUUCAACAGUACAAUCAAUCUUCAAUAAAUCAAUGAUAGAUGAAACAAUAACUGAAAUUCGAUUUGAUAAAUAUUUUUUGGAAUGUAAUUGUCCUUUUUGCUCAUAUUCAUAUACAAGACGUUUUGAUAUGUUUUUUAUUUUCACGGCUGUUACUGGCUCUAUUGGUAUAUUAUCAUUCAUCAUACGACACAUUGCAUCUUUUGUUGCAACAAAGAUUUUACGUCGAAAAAAUCGAAUUUUACCAAUGGAAAAUGUGUCAACUAUAACGUCUAUGGAACAGAAUCAAAAGCAACGUAUACAACUUCGCAUUCGACUUUUAUUAAUUAAAUUAUGGCAAGCAAUAAUAUCUUUAAAUCUUUUUGAAAAAGAAACACAUCGUACACCUAUUAACAUUUAUCGAGAACAACUUUUAACAAGAUUUUUCAUCUUUUUCAUUGUUAGUUUAUCAAUUGCUGCUGGAGUAUACACCUAUGCUGUACAGCAAAAUCAAGAGAUAACAAUUCUGAAUCCAUCUCUUGAUACUUAUGAACAAUUGUAUAAGGAUCAUCCAACCACAUUAUAUUGUCCUUGUUCAGAAAUAUCCAUUCUCAAUCAAGUUUUUCUUAAUGUAACAUUUGAAUUACAUCAAGUCUGUUCAAGUGAUUUGGUUUCAUUAGAAUGGUUAUAUUAUCUAAUAUCUUUUGAUCCGACUGAUCUGCCGCCACCCAAGUUUCGCUUCCCAUUAACUGAAGAUUUUCGUGAAAUGGGUGCUUCUUAUUUUCAACUUUUAGCUGCUUUUUGUUCAUUAGCUGAAAUGAACAUUGCAGAUGCACAGCAUGUAUUUAUUAAUACUGAAUUUAUUAAUGAUCGUGUUCCUUCUGAAUCACGUUUUACUCAACAAACUGAAGCUAUGAUGACUUCAUUUAUUCGCACAACUAACUAUGAUUUUGUACAAACAUUUAAUUGGAUGAAACUUAUUUUUCUUUUUAGUCGUCUUUACAAUGGAUUGAAUACAAAUGUUGAUAUAACUAUAAAUAAUAAUAAUCAAGUGACUGCUAAUUUUCGUGGAUAUACUUUAGUAAAUUCCAUAUCAGGCACGACUAUAGCCGGUCAGUACUCCUGCACUUGUGGAUUACGUCCUGAGUUCUGCCAUAUAAUCCCUACAUUUUAUGAAAAUACAACAUAUCUUGACUUUACUGAUGCAUUUAUUAAUACAUAUUUAUUAUACAAAGUAUUAUAUCUUGGCUGUUCACCUUUAAGUGGGUUCCUCAUGUCAAGAACGAAAUGGUGGUACGAUAUCACAUAUAUGAAACGUAUUCAAGAAACUUAUUCCAUGAUUAUUUAUAGUCGACCUUCACCAGAUAUCAAACCUCUUAAUCAAUCUAUAUCGACUCGAUUUGAUAAUCCCGAAACGCGAGAGUUACUUGGUGAAAUGCUAUUCGAAAACGCAACCAAAAAUGCAUCCUUCGAUAGAUUUUAUAACGCAUGUAAACCUAGUUCUUGCUCAUAUACCGUUGUUCAACGUCGCAGUUAUAUCGUGGUAUUAUUUCUUCUUAUUUCGAUUUGCAGUGGUUUGAACAAAGGUCUUCAACUGCUUGUUCCACUAAUUGGAGCAUCUCCAAUUAGUGUUCGUUUUAGAAACUCUCCAAGUAUUAUCUAUCGUAAAAUUAAAAAUUUCAACAUCUACGAAACAGAAUCAAAUGAUAACAACACUCAUAUUCGUCAACAACAAAUCUAUACAAGAGUUUAUCUGUUUCUUUACAUAAUUUUACUCAGUAUUGUACUCUUUUAUACAGUUCUGAUCGAACGUCGUAUUAGUAAAACACAAGACUUACAUUCGAUUGGUGAUCAUGAAAAAUUACUAAGCCUCUAUUCAAAUGAUAUCAGUUGUCCAUGCACAUAUACAUCAAUUGCUUAUGAUGAAUUUAUCACUGAACUAAAAGUCAAUUCAUCUCAUGAAGCAUGUGGUUAUUACCGGCUGCGCCGGAUAACGGCAAUGAGUGUAAUAGAACAUGGAGGUAGUGGAACGUCGAUCUACGAUAAAGAAUACUCACGUUCGGUGCUAUCUUUCGUAGAAUCCUUGGAGCAACUUUGUUCUUUGGCAGAAGACAAUGUUAACAAUAAUAUUGACGCAUUUCUUGCCUCAACUUUGUUUACUAAUCAACUAAUGUCUCGUAGUCUAUUUAACACUGAAAUGGAUGAAAUACUAACUCAAUUCAAAAAUAAAACAAAAACUACAUUUGCGCAUAUGUUAGACCUUAUUCGUUCAACUAUCCAAGGAAAUGCUUUACUACAUGUAUCGUCACAAGCUUGGAGUUUAGUUAAAGUUAAAACAAACAAUGGAAGCAAUAUUAAUUUUCUUACUGUAUCUCUUACACUCAACAAUACACAAGAGAAUAUAAGUUGUUUGUGCAGCAUUUUACAAACAUGUCGAAUACCACGACAAGUAAAUAUAGAAGAUCGUGGUUUGAUUACUAUUGACGGUAUGGUCAUUGGUUGUCACCAACUUGAAACAUUACUUCUCUCGUCUUUGGCUUGUUUCUAUUCUCUGCAAUGCAUUAACGACCUUCGAGCUAAUCUUGGGGAACUAAUUCCAAUAAUGAAACAGUUUGAAGGAUUAAAUGCAUCCACAACACGAUUCUCUGUGAAUGAUACUAUUGAGAAAAUAGCAUAUGAAAUGUUUAUCGAAUCAUGGUCCAAUAAUACGUCGUAUGAAACAUAUUUUAAUAGUUGCUCUCCAAGUUAUUGUAUUUAUACAUAUUAUCAAAAAUCUAAUGCAUUAGAAAUAUUAACAACAUUUUUAAGUGCAUAUGGUAGUUUAUCAAUUGCCGUUUACUUUAUCGUACCUUAUCUUGUUAAAUUAAUUAAAAAAAUUUUAAUUUGCUUUCGAAUUACUCAACAACAAUGA